CCAGUCACCACAACGUGAUAAAAACAUGGGGAGGCAGUUAGGUUGACAUUUAACUAUUGUUUAUCGAAAUUCACUUCACACUGAAUGCGACGUUUGUGAGCGAAAGUGUAUCUUUUAAUCACGUUAGCAACUCAUAGUGAGUUAGCCUCAGAUCGGGUUAGCUAGCUUUACUCGCACCGCUACUUGUCGGUUGUUUUACUAGCUUUCAGCCUGCUAACAGCAUGGAUAACACGGAGGAAAAUGCGGUUGAGCUCCACGGAGAUGAGGAAAUCAUUGAAGUAAUCGACCUAAACGAUACGGAACCUGGCCCUGAUGAUUUGGCUGAUGACUUGGAGGACGUUGACUUUGAAGACUCUGCAAACGCAGAUGAUGAAGGCUGGGAGACCGAGGACGAGAUGGAGGCAGAGGCAGAGCAGGAUGACAGCGAGCUCACCUUCUCCAAACACACCGGUUCAGUGUUUUGUGUCAGUUUGGAUCCUGCUACGAACAGCAUGGCAGUGACAGGAGGAGAGGAUGAUAAGGCCUACGUUUGGAGGGUGAGCGAUGGAGAAGUGCUGUUGGAGUGUACAGGUCACAAAGACUCUGUGACGUGCGCCCUGUUCAGCCACGACUCCUCCCUGGUGGCGACGGGUGAUAUGAGCGGCAUGAUUAAAGUUUGGAAAGUUGGAACCAAAGAGGAGAUCUGGUCCUUCGAAGUGGGAGAUCUGGAGUGGUUGGAGUGGCAUCCCUGCGCCCCGGUGCUGCUGGCGGGAACAGACGACGGCAACAUGUGGAUGUGGAAGAUCCCCUCGGGCGACUGUAAAACCUUCCAGAGUUCUGCAUGCCAAGCCACCAGCGGCAAAGUCCUUCCUGAUGGUAAACGAGCCGUGGUGGGUUAUGAGGACGGAACGGUACGCGUGUGGGAUUUAAAGCAGGGAAACGCUAUCCAUGUCAUUAAAGGUCAGGACGGACACCAGGGGGCGCUGACCUGCCUGGCGUGCAACAAGGAUGGCUCUUUGGUGCUGACGGGUUCAGUGGACGGUCGUGCCAAGCUCAUCAACACCACCACAGGGAAGGUGGUCGGCUCAUUCUCUGUGGAUGGAGGCAAAGCCAAAGGAUCAAAAGACGAAGAAGAAUCCAACUCUGUCGAAUCUGUGGGAUUCUGCAACAUCCUGCCUCUUAUAGCUGUGGCGUACCUGGAAGGGACUCUGGCCAUAUACGACCUCUCCACACAGGUCCUGCGGCACAGGUGCCAACACGAGGCUGGCAUUGUUCACCUGCAGUGGGAGGAGUCUUCUUCUGUGGUGUCCACUUGCUGUUUAGACGGAGCGUUGCGCUUAUGGGACGCUCGUUCUGGCAGCAUGGUGUCCGAGUACCGCGGCCACACUGCGGAGAUCCUCGACUUCACCAUCAACAAGGAAGCGUCUGUCGCAGUAACGGCUUCAGGAGACAACCGGGCGAAAGUUUUCUGCCUCCAAAGACCUGAUCGAUAAAGACAGCAGGAGCGAGAGGAGAGGAAAUACGUCAGACUUUUUACGAUCAGACUUUUUCAAUACUGGAGAACGUGUUUCCUCUCUGCUCAGGAUUUUAAAAUGCCGUGUGGUCUCACCAUCUUAUACGCCUUUCACAUCUGAUUCUUAAAAACAAGAUGUUCCUCGUUUCUUUCCUCUCAGUCUGCUCUUUUUGAAGAACCUGACAGAGUAAACAGAGAAAAGAAAAAUUAAAGAGUGAUACAUUACAAGUUUUUUUUUUUGUUAACAUCCCCUUUGCUGUUCUGCCCAAAAUGCUUUUGACAUAAAACAUGAGACCGAAAGAGGAAUUUCCUUUGGUCUCAGUUCUAAUUUUAAGGGUCUAAUUCAAAGGGUGUGUUGGUGUGGUCUUCCAGCUUUCAGACUUACCGUCUAUUCAGGCGAAUUUUUUGAUGUAAACUCAAAUGUAAAUAACAAAAAAUAAAUAUACUUUCUUCUGGG